GUCCGUGAAAAACCACUUGUGCAGCUGUGUGGCGCCAUGCAAGAAAACAACGAUGAUUGGAAGGAGGUUGGUGCGGCGAAGGUGGCCGUGCCACCUUUGUCAGCGCUGCUUGAUAUGCGAGUUCCUGUUGUGGAAGUGGAGGCAGGACGUUUGCAUGCUGCAAUGUCCUGGCUUUAUGCUGCCGUGCAGAAGCUGCAACAGCAACACGUGACAACGAGCGAAGAGCUGCAGCAGCUUCAGGAGCAGGCCAAGCAUGCUAUCACGAAAGUGGAUGUGCCGACGAGCCUUCCUGAGGAUGCGCAGUUCAUGCUGCGACAACAAGAGCAGAGACGGUUGGGAGACAUGGCCCAAACCGAAAUGCGUCUGCAAUCUCUCAGAGCUUCGGUGGAUGGAUGCCUCAAGAGCUCGGACUUAGAGGCCCUUCGUGCUCGAAUCUCUCGUGAUUUGGAUGAGGCUGCUCGUGGCUGCAAGGAGGAGCUUGCUUCGUUGGCACGCUUGGUGCACAUGGAUGCAGCCGUGGAGCGACGGCAGCUGCAGGAGAGCUUUCAGAUUCUGCGAACUAAGGUGGAGGCACAGCUGGAGCUGGUGGCACGGGAAUCCCGGAAGCCACAGGUGAUUGUGGCACCUCAGACAAAAAGUGAUCCGGUAGAUGCCCCAGCAGGAUACCAGGAGAACAUCAGGACAGAAGCAGAGGCGGCUCCCCAGAGCAGGCAUUCAGACUUGGAUGAAAUCAACCAGUCUCUUCUGUCGCGGAUUCAGCAGCUAGAAACUUCAAUGAGAGACAUAUGGCAAUCGCUUGACUCUGGAGUGCCUGCUCCAACAUCUCCAGCAUCCGAAGGCCCAAAGGACAUCGAUCCCAGCAUCAUGCAGCGCUUUACAGACAUUGACAAGGCUCAUCUCUCCCAUAUUCAGCGCUUCUCCGAGAUUGAGCAACGCUUGAUGCGGGUGGAGACCAGUGUGCCGGUCGGAGUUCCAAAGGCGCAGGCUGCCGAAUGGAAGGGUGCUUUCUCGGAGCUUCAGUCCAGCCAAGCCUCCUUGUCCCAGGAGUUGCAAGACAGGGCUGUGGAGGUCUCCACUUUGAGAUCGGCUCUUUCUGAACUGACCAGAUACAUAUCGGAGGACCAACCGGCUGAGGGACGUCCAGUGAGUGCGGCUUCGCACAAUAAACUGGCGUGGCUGGAGCAGAGAAUCCAAGAGUUGGUGGCCAAGAGAAAGGGACUCACCAUCGAGAAGCGGCUGCAGCUCCUGGAAGAAGUGUCGGGUAGCCAGGAGAUCUUUCAACGUGUGAAGAACGUUGAGCACCUGCUUGGAAAGCUGGAUGUGGAUGCCGUCAAGGAGGUCCCACCCCAGUUGAUCAUUGUGAAGGAAGACCAGGAAACCUUCAAGCAGGACCUCCGCCGAGAGGUUCAAGAGCUCAAGGUCUUGGUUGGCUGUAUGGAGGCUUGUGUGCCAAAGGAGACCAGAAAAGCCAUCCAACUCUUCAAGAGAGGCGCUGGAGCCUCCGACGAGGAGUUUAUCAGCCCGCAAGAGCUGAAAGCGCACACUGAGCUCAUCUCGAUGAGAGAGGAGAUCAAUGGGCAGCUUUCAGAAAUGGAGAUGAAUGCUGCGCAGCGCUAUGACAACCUAAAUGCGCAAGUUCAAGAGUUGGAGAUGAAACAGGAGAAGGUGGAGCAUCUAAUGAAAAGGAAAUCUGUUCUGGAGGCUGCUCCGGCUACCCCUGAGACCUUGGUGGUGCCGGAGGGUUGGCAAAGAUAGCUGAUCAUGAGCCCAUCUGCCGGGUUGUUGGGUCUUGGAGUCUUGAACCAAUGUCCUGUUCAAGCGAUGUUUUCACGAAUCAGUGUGCACGUGAGUUGUCCACGAGGACUGAAGACAUGGGAAAACACUUGUCGAC